CGGGGCCCCACACUUUCUACAUGUCAAGCCCGUCGCACCCAGCCCCUUUGCCCAUGCUCUGCAAGAGAAUCCUUGGACGGUCCUGCGCUGCAUGUUUGCUUGCGGCGAUUGUCAUAUGGUAUGUCAUCCUCUUCAGCGAUCAGCUCUUCAGUUCACAUCGAGGUGGCAUCUGGCGGGCUUACUUUGUUCCAACUCCAGAGAUAUGGGAUUCCAUUCAUCGUCAUGGUGAACGUAGCGCAGGAGGUGUUUGGAAUUACAACCAACAGAGAAUGGAGCGAAGCGAAGCAUUCAAGUACUUGGCAGGAAAGUGGACUCGACGAAGGAGCCGAAGAGAUUGGCACCCAUCCCGAUGUCGCCCUAAAGGAGGUCGUGGAAAGGACGAGAAGGACUCUAAGUGACACAAGUAGGAGCUGGCCUACUCACCAAAAUGAAGAGACGGGUAGAUUGAUGUGCAGCCAAGUAGGGUGGAUUCCUCUCAGUUUUGAAGCUGGGAACGUCAAGCUCGGUCAGAGGGCAUGGGCCCUUCUUGUCGUCACCUUUUGGGUCAUUUCUUUUGAUGGCAGAUGUGACGGCCGUCGAGCCGAGUUUUUGCUCAUUUUGCAUGUCCUGUUCUUUGACUACUGAACCAGAUUUUUGGCUUCCAAGUGCGUUUCUGUAAUGCCUGCUGUCUUCUUGCGCACCAUAAUCCGCUUUUCAAUUCGUUUGCCAAUAUGUGGCUCUGCCACAAAGUGUGAUGCAGAGCGUUGAUUGCGCAGCUUACUUGUUUCGUGUGCAUUGGCGAAGUAGCAUGAUUGCAUGUUGUCACAGUCUACAUCGCACAGUUCAAUCACGAGCGGUGAUGGAUUACAUAUAUGGUUUAAAUUUCUUCAGAUUGAUUUCGUUUAGAAUUGGUAAAACCUUGGAGUCCCGAAGCGGUGGCAGAAGUUUGCACAAAGAAGUAAAGCAGUGAUAUGAUAUCGGUUGAACUUGCGAGAUAUAUACACAUAGGUACAUAGAUGGAUAGGGUUCAGAACGAUGUAUGUACAAGCAUGAAUUGUUGUCCGCUCUUGAGCUUCAGGUCUCUGGAGUGUGCAAUGUUUAGGGGCUUCCACCGCAUUAUGUCAAUCAUCGGGCAGUUAGAACACCGUCAUUAUUGGUUGCACCAUUGUGCUACUAUUCUCGACCCCCACAACAAGAAGCGUUGUAAGCAUCCACUGUCGGUUUCGUUACUGCCACAUGAUCAUUAGUCACAACACUGAUC